UGUAUAUUUUGUAUGCAAAAGUAACCUCAAUUUUCGAAAAAAAAACUUCUAAAAUGUCGAAAUUAUAUAAAAAAAUAUUCUUAACUGUUGGAACAACCAAAUUUGAUUUACUCUGCGAGUAUAUUUUGACAGAACCUGUCCUAACAGCAUUAAAAAGUAUUGGCUGUGAAGAAAUAACUUUUCAGAUCGGUAAAAGUAUUGUAGAUCCCGGUAUUUACGAAAGACAUGGCGUUAAAAUAAAUAUGUACAGGUUUAAGGACUCAAUAAGCGAAGAUAUAAAGAAUGCAGACUUGGUUAUAAGCCACGCCGGUGCCGGGACCUGUUUAGAAGUAUUAGAAGCGAACAAACCAUUAUUAGUUGUCGUAAAUGAAGAUUUAAUGGACAACCAUCAACUGGAACUGGCCGAACAACUUCAAAUUGACUCUCAUUUGUAUUACUGUACUUGUGAUACGCUAAUUAGUACAUUAGGUGUCGUAGAUUUCAGCUUGCUCAAUCCCUUCCCAAAAGCAGAUCCUACACUUCUUAUAAACUAUUUGGAUAGUGUAUUUACAGUUAAAUGAUAAAGUGUAUUAGAAUAUGAAUCACAUUAUUGGUUGUUUAAAUAUAUAAGUUGUUGUGAAAUUAUGUAGUUUGGUGACUAUAUACUGUUACAAGUUUUAAGACUAAGAAAUUAAUAAAUGUUGGAUUUUUAACAGUUUGGGAUCUUAUUAGUAAGCUAGAAUUUGUAUAUUAAUCUUAUUACACACAAACACUAGGAUAUAAGUCAAACAAAAUAUGAAAUAAAUAUUUUCACAGUA